CAGUGUGCUUGUGAUCCAACGCUCACUGCCUGUCCUGCACCAGUGCUCAGAGGGUCAAAUGCAAACAGAGUGAAUCUGUGCGUCGGUCACAUUUUGGGGUGAAAGGAGUCCAUUUUAUGGCGGGUCAAGAAUCAUAUCCUCCUCAAGCGCCCAGUGCUCCUCUCCACCCUCCUGGGCCAAUUCUUUACCCACCAUCAAAUUAUUAUGAAGCUCCACCAGCCGGUGUUGUUGGUACUUAUGUUCCUGAACGCAGUCCUGCUUUCUAUCAUCAAAUGCAGGUGGCGUGGAUGCAAGCACCAGCCCCUAUUCCUAACUGUCCACCCGGCUUAGAGUACCUUACAAUGGUUGACCAGAUAUUUGUAUAUCAGCUGUUUGAAUUCAUUGAAGCCUUGACAGGAUUUGAGACCAAAAACAAGUACGAACUAAAAAACAGCAUGGGGCAGCGAGUUUAUUUUGCAGUUGAAGAAAGCGAAUUCUGCAAUCGAUUAUGUUGUGGCGCUAAUAGAGCAUUUUCCAUAAAGAUUGUGGAUAAUCUAAACCAAACCGUCAUGCAUCUUGUGCGUCCGUUAGGGUGUCAUUCUUGCUGGUGCCCUUGUUGCCAUCAUCGGAUGGAAGUUCAAGCACCACCAGGAACAAUUAUUGGCUACGUUGUUCAGGAAUGGAAUCCUUGCAUACCUAAUCUAAGCAUCCAGAAUGAAAUGUCUGAAACAAUAUUGAAAAUUGAAGGUCCCUGCCUGCAAUUCCGUUGUUGUGGCGACGUAAACUUUAAAGUUUUGAGUAAGGAUGAGUCCACUGUUGUUGGAAAGAUAUCAAAGAAGUGGACAGGUCUUCUACGUGAAUACUUCACAGAUGCUGAUAACUUUGGAAUUCAGUUUCCUAUGGAUUUGGAUGUUAAAGUUAAAGCUGUCCUCAUUGGAGCAUGCAUAAUGGUGGACUUUUUGUACUUUGAGCAAAAUUCUGGAGGGAGCCACGGAGCUUGGCAGGUGAUGUAGCUAAAGAAUAAUGUAACUGCCAGAAAUAUCAUGAUGCUACUUCAGUAAGGAAUAAAAAUGAUCUGCACCGACUUUGCUGACAUCCAGUUAUGUGCCUAACUCAAUUUCAAUGUGGAUCAAUAGGGAUGAAAGAAAUUCACUGGUAUUCCUUUGAGAGCUUGCAGUUAUUAACCUGCAGCAAUGUCUUCAUUUAUGAUUUAACAAAGCCACAGGUGUCAUUUUGAAAUGUGGAUUUGCAUUUUUAUAUCACACAAGAUUGUGAUUUAUCAGUGUUUACUGUUUUGUCUGUAACAACAUUGUACUGUUACUAGAAUAAACUGAAAUUAUAUUCUGGGAAUUUCCUUCAAUCUUUUUUCACUUUGCUACUAUAAUAAAGCAGGAUAUAAUGGAAAGCCAUGUACGGGGAUCUCUGGGGGUCCUGUAAUAUAUUCAGUGUAGUUUGAGACCUUGAAUGGGGUCAGCUCCAACCUAACUCUAAAGCAUUUUGUUGAGUUUGUUCUGUACCAUAAUAUGUCCUCAAUAUACAAAAUAUGUCCUCAAUAUACAAAAAUAAUGUACAUUUGCGUCAGACCUCACUUUCAAUAAUGCUGAUAUUUAGCAUCAAAAUCUUAGAUUUAAUUUUUUUUUCAGCCUGACAUAAUGAGUUAAUGCCAAUAAAAGUGGAUAUUAUUUA